GAAAGAAUGACAACCAGUGUGGCGAUUGGAAGAGUGUUUUGACAGAUUGUGUUUUAUGUAGAUGAGUUCGCGUAGCUUCAUUUUUUUCCUAUAACAUUAAUCGACAUUCCCACAUCGAAAAGAAGUCGAAAAGUAUCGUUCCAACAUGAGUUACCGAAGUGGUUAUGGUGGUGGAUUUAAUACAGGAAAAAGGCCCCCGCAAAAGCCUGGGGAGUCGCGAGGAUAUUCCGCAGUACCACCACCUAGCUCAUUAAAUAAUCGACCCAUCCCGUCUUCGAAAACCAACCAACCGGGACUGACUAAACAUGGUUACACUUCCAUGGAGGCUUUAUCAUCUGAUUAUGGGAAUACUUCACAGUACGGACUGGGAAAGCGGAAAGGGAAAACAGAGGACGAAUAUUUCGAUGAUGACGAUGACGACAACAACGAUCCGGAUAUGGCUUACCAACCAGCACCGGGAAGUCCAUCAUACAAAAAGAAACAGUCGGAAAGUUCAGACGAGGAAGAUCCAUUGGAUGCAUUUAUGCAAGGGCUGCAAAAGCAUUUAGAGAAGGAAAAGACUAAGCCGGUGAAUGCAGUACAAGACACGAAAACGAUAAAGGGUGUGCGAGGCGACAUUGAUGACGAGGAUGACGAAGAGAGUUACUACAGAUACAUGGAGGAGAAUCCAAAUGCGGGUGUCGUGGACGAGGGUUCGGAUAACGAAAUCGAAUACGAUGAAGAUGGAAAUCCGAUCGCACCACCAAGAAAACGAGAAAUCGACCCGCUGCCGCCCGUCGAUCAUUCAGAAAUCAGCUACAAGCCAUUCGAAAAGAACUUUUAUACACCGCACGAGGAAAUUCAAAACCUCUCGCGAAGUCAGGUGGAUGACUUGCGUCAUCGCUUGGGUAUCAGAGUAACGGGACCCGUGCCACCACGACCAGUAACAAGUUUUGCACAUUUCGGUUUCGAUGAUGCCUUAAUCAAAGCAAUUAGAAAAUCUGAAUACACUCAGCCUACAUCCAUUCAAUCUCAAGCUAUACCAGGUGCGAUGAGCGGUCGAGAUCUUAUUGGUAUUGCGAAAACGGGCAGCGGCAAAACGGCUGCGUUCAUUUGGCCAAUGCUUGUACACAUCAUGGACCAACGUGAACUGCAGCCAGGCGAUGGUCCGAUCGCUUUGAUACUGGCACCGACAAGAGAAUUGUCAUUGCAAAUCUACAAUGAAGCCAAAAAAUUCGGAAAGGUCUACAACAUAAAUGUGGUGUGUUGUUAUGGCGGUGGUAGUAAGUGGGAGCAGAGCAAAGCACUCGAACAAGGAGGAGAAGUCGUCGUUGCCACGCCAGGAAGAAUGAUCGACAUGGUGAAAAUUAAAGCCACAAAUUUGACUCGAGUAACCUAUCUGGUAUUAGACGAAGCUGACAAAAUGUUUAACAUGGGUUUCGAGCCGCAAGUUCGUUCCAUAUGCAAUCACAUACGACCCGAUCGUCAAACACUACUCUUUAGCGCUACAUUCAAGAAAAGAAUCGAGAAACUGGCCCGUGACGUUCUGACCGAUCCAGUAAAAAUCGUUCAAGGUGACUUGGGCGAAGCAAAUGAAGACAUCACUCAGCAUAUGCUGUGCUUCAACAAUCCGAUGCACAAAUGGAACUGGUUACUCUGCAAAUUGGUUGAACUACUGUCCGUCGGUAGUGUGCUCAUUUUUGUGACAAAAAAAGCUGAAGCUGAACAAGUUGCCAACAAUUUGACAUUGAAAGAAUAUGAUGUGGUCUUGUUGCAUGGUGACAUGGAUCAAGCAGACCGAAAUAAAGUCAUAACCAAAUUCAAACGAAAGGAGGUGCCGAUAAUGGUGGCUACGGAUGUCGCUGCUCGUGGCCUGGAUAUUCCGCACAUUAGAACAGUAGUUAAUUAUGACAUCGCAAGAGAUAUUGAUACCCACACUCAUCGUAUUGGACGUACUGGACGUGCUGGUGAGAAAGGCACUGCUUACACACUAGUUGUGGAGAAGGAUAAGGAAUUUGCUGGUCACUUGGUCCGAAAUUUGGAAGGAGCAAAUCAAGAGGUUCCGGAAGCACUGUUAGAACUGGCAAUGCAGAGUUCAUGGUUCAGAAAAUCGCGGUUUAAAAGCGGAAAAGGAAAAGCAAUAGCAGUCGGUGGAGCUGGUUUGGGGUAUAAGGAACGACCAGGAUUCGGUGCGAAUACUUCAUCUGCGUCUGGCAGUAAUAGUAAAAACAGUUCAUCAAACGAACCUACUACUAAGUCGAACAGUGACUCAACAUCAAACCGCUUUAACGCUAUGCGUGAUACUUUCAAGAGUCAAUAUCAAUCACAAUUCCGUGCUUCGUCUGAUCGCCAGUGGGAAGAAAAUGUUCCUCUGCCAACGACAACACAAUCGACUGAACGUAGGAAUCCGUUUGCAGUACCAAGCGCACCAACAAAUCGUCCUGCCCAGCCUCAGCUUCCACACAGCUUAUAUGAUGAUCCCAAAAAGGCGAAAAAAAGUCGCUGGAACUGAAUGUAAACGUCUGUGUAGAUGUGCGCGUAUAUGAGCUAAAUAAAAUGUCAAGAGAG